CGACAACCUGACGCUCGCGCCGCAGCGCUCCCCUCACACAGGUUGAGGGGUGUCAUUAUCAGAACUAGCUGCACUCUUCGUGUGUCCUUCACGGAGCGGUGGGUCAUGGCGUCACACGCGGAAACGACUCCUCAGUGGAAAACAACGAUUAUCGUGAGCUCGUCGCUCCAGAAACACGACGCGAACCGGCUUUUAAGCGCGCAGCAGCACCGCAUCAGGUUUUCAGACGGUGUGGAGUCCGGAGCGUUUAUCUUCCCUCUGUCCGGAACUGCGUUUCUGUUGGUCGACCCCCAAGACCUCCUCGAGCAUUUCGAGGAGUCUGGACUCAUUGAGAGGAUAAAGAAGUUUGUGCAAGUGCACAGGAACAGUUUCCUGCUCCUGUGUGCCCCCUUUAAUGGGAAAAGGGAAUUGGAGAUCUUAUCGAUAAUUCAACACAGGUUCUUUGGCAGCAAUCUCAAGAUCCUGCCGGUGCGAAACAACACCGAGCUUGUGAAAGGAAUGUUGACCAUUGCCAAGGCCACCAGUAAGCCCCAUGCGGACAGCAUCCGGGACCGGAUGUCUCUGGCCCGGGCUCGCGUCAUCAAAAGCAGUCCUGUGUGGGAGAUGCUCAGAGACGCUCUCUGAAGCUCGGCAUGGGAUCCAGCAAACGGUUCACACACACACACUUAACACUUGUUUUGUUUUAUUUGAUGCUAACCCAGUACAAACAUUACUUGGUAAAUACACAAAAGCCAAUUUAAAAAGAUGUUUUAAUAUAUUAGUGCAGUUUGUUCUUCUUUUUUAACAUAUUGGCAUUACCUUUUUCUUUUUCAUGCAUGUUUUUUUUCAUCAUUCAAAAAUAAAUAAAAAGGUGGGUUUUUUU